AUGCCCCCGAAUCAUCGGGGCAGACCCCCCCCUCUCCGAUCCUCGCCUCCCUCCUGCCGUCACACCCAGCCGGUAGCACCCUCACUCCUGAAGGUUGUGACUGAUGCAUUAUGGUCGGCUGAGCAAGGAAUACUGAAGCUGGCCGAUCUCAGCAAAGAAAUUAAGAAAUUCAACAGCAGUGCAGCAGUGACGAAAGACACCAAGGGAAGUCGGAAGAAGCUGGAAAAGUCCAUAAACCAGGCCAAGGAAAACAUCUCACAGCUGAGGCAGAAACUGAAGGAGGCCCAGAAUGAGCUGGAGACCAAGGACAGGGCGUUGGCGGAGCUGCUGAGGCAGACUCAGGGCAGUCAGCUACAGAACCAGCUGCUCCAGAGUCAACUGGAUAUCGUGCAGAGAUCCAUCCGAAAUUUGAGCCAGGACUAUGAAGGGCAGAAGAAGCUUCUGGAAGAGGAAGUGAGGCGUCAGCAGGCCCGUGUCGAAGAGUUGGAGAGCGCGGUGAGAGAAGGCCCGCUGCUGGAGCAGGAACAUGGCGGCCAGCUACCAGGGGCUCGUUGCCAGGCAACGGAGUCGCCACGACAACUGAAGAAUGAGAUUGACCAACAUCCUGGGGAAGAGCCUGAAGGAGAGGUGUUGGCCGGGGAUGUGGAGGAAGAGGAGAGAGGAGCUGCCGCUGUUGCAAGCGACCAGGAGGAGGAAGCUCCCGAGCUGCUGGAGGACCCUCUGGAGGACCUGCUGGAGGAUGCUCAAACUCAGACCCACGGCAUUGGAUGGGACGGCCAGGGUGACGUGGCCGAGCUGAAGAUGAAAGUGGAUCAACAUGUCAUCACUCUCCAGGAAGCACAGAGAGAACUUCUACUGAUUCAAGGCCAAGAGUUGGAUGAUGUUCGAGAGGUCCAUCAGAUGGAGACGAGGCGACUGCGAGACCAACAUCAGAGGCAGAGGAGGCAUCUCCAGGUUGGUGAAGCAGACGGCUGGGAGGAGGUGGACUGGAUGAGUGAGGAGCUGAUGAACAGUGACAUCGAUUCAGAACAAGACUCCACUAACAAGGAGCACAACCCGCUUUCCCCUGCCACAGUGAGAGAAUUUCACAGAUUCACAACACGCUGGGUGAAAAAGUGUUUCCUCAUCUCAGUCCUAAAUGGCCUCACCCCUUAUUCUUAAACUGUGGUCUCCCCCAACACAGGGACCAUUUUUCCUGCCUCUAGCCUGUCCAAUCCUUUAAGAAUGUUAUACGUUUCCUUCCCAUAGCUGGGCAAUCAGAGCUGCACAUGAUACACCAAGUGUGGUCUUGGCCACAUCAUGUUCAGUUGUAGCAAGAUGACCCAACUCUUGUGCUUAAACCAAGGAAUACAGACGCCUUCUUGACCAUCUUGUCCCCCCGUACCUUAAGCCCCAUUCUGGUCACCAUUCGUAUUUCCCUCUCUCUCCCUGGCACCUUGUCCAGGGUCUAACAACGAGGAACUGCGGACAAUGCCUAAAGGGCCUGUCCCACUUGGCCGUCAUUUGUGCGCCAUUAACGCGACCUCCAAAAAUGUGGUAGUUGCGUUGUGACGCAGGGUAGUGUGUGGGUCGCGCGGGACGGGCGCAUGGAGAGGCGGGGAGGGGUG